AUGAAUAGAAUGACCUUUUCAUACAGAUUGAACAUAGAUUUUUCAGCACAAUCACUAACGGUGGCCGAAGUUCUGGGAACUAUUGCCAGUGGGAUCAGUAUCGCGCAGUUGGCUGGAAACCUUGCGUCUAGCAUCAUCAAGCUCAAAAAUUACUGGGAUCAAAUUCAGGACGCACCCGACGAUAUCGCUAUCCUUGUGCACGAGAUUGAAAGUCACCAUACCAUCCUUCGCAGUAUCUUGAAGGAGCAAGCGCAGCUCACAGUUUCAUGUCAACCUACAGGUGGAUUCUUUGAUCAAAGUAUAAAACUAUGUCAGAAUGCUUCUUUGAAAUUAGACGGGCUUGUCAACGCCCUGACCACAGAUAUCAACUCCAAUCGAAAAUGGAAACGCACAAUGGGCUCUGCCAACGUUCUAUUGAAGGCGGAGCAAUUAAAGAAAUUGAAGAAGAGAAUGAAAAAUGCCACCAGAUCCAUGCAUUUAGCCAUAUCUUGGCAGAUGAAUACAGUUUUACAAAAACAAUCCUCAACUCUCGCUUCAAAUGUACAAGCGUCACUCGAUCAUUUCUUACAACACUGGCAGAAUCACCUCUUGAACUCAGAACUUCCGCAGCCUACGUUUAGUACAAAAGCAUCUCUGGACAGCGCGGUCCUAGCGCAAACCGCUAAUAUCACCACGAAGGCCAAAACUAGACUCCCUGUGGAUAAUGAUUUUUAUGAACAAGAACCGUUCCAAACUAUGAAACAAUAG